AUGGCAGACCUCGCCCAAGUCACAAAAUCGCUCGGCGACAUAGUGCUCUCCGCAGGCGAGGGUGACGAACCGGUCCAGCUCUCAGCCGUGCUCGAGAGCUUCUCCUCGGCCCUACUGGGCACUCGUGACCCCGUGAUGCGCGAAGCGUUCCUCGAAGCCGUGCUCGACGUGCUCAAGCCUCAAGGCGAUACAUCUGACAGGGGCCGCCUGGCUGUCCUGCACGAUGCGGCACUCAACACCCUUCCCGCCUUCCUUCCCCUCCUGCCCGAUGAGCACGCCCGCGAGUUUUUGGAUUUGCUGGCAAAGCACGGCGACCCGAGGGAAGUCGUUCUCGGCCUCAAUCUUGCGAUUAAUGAGAUUACGGAGCUCGCUGACCCCUACGCCGUUAGCGAAGGAGAGGAGGACGAGGAGGACGAGAUCAAUUGGGCGUCAGCAUUCCCCCAACUCGAGGCUAUGUUGGACAUGUUCGCUGUCGCUGUGCCUCGCCUCCAGACCAAGAGGAGCACUCCAACCCUCCUCGCUAUGCAGGACGUUCUCAUCCCCCUCUUUAAGGCUGUGCCAACCUCCGCACCCCCUGAAAUUGCCGUCGAUCUGUCCCGCUCCAUCCUCAGCCGCACCGCCAAGUUGGUGGAAGCCGCGUGGGGUUGGCAGGCGAAGACAGAGGACGCAGGCGGGGAGCAGAACUCUGUGCUUAACGAUAUUCUGAACCACGCGGUGAUGGUGUUUGGCCCAAACGUCGGUGCCGAGCUCACGCCGCGCCAGUUCCUCGCCGCGUUCCCACGCUACGCCGGGCUCCACAAGGAGGAGGGAUGGGAGGAGGGCCAGUCCGCCCUCGACGCCGCUACUGCGGCUUGUGGGGUACUGGGUAUCGGCCGCGCAUGCCUGAUUGAGCGGAUUCGCUCCUCCUCGGCGGUCCGGCCGCAGGCGUCCAUCGCGUCGCUCAUCCUCCUCGCCUCGGCUCCCCCUACCGAGUUCCCUGCCAGCACGCUCGAAGACGCCAUGCCCAUCAUCAGUAUUUGCCUGAACGGGAGCGCGACCGAUGCCGGCGCGGCGCUUGUGUGGGCGCUCGUACGCGCCGGCGUCACCGUCGCAUACGACCAGGUCACGUUCCUGCUUGAGCACAUCAUGCCACUCAUCCAGCUACACCAGAGUGCUAACACGCGCCUUGCCCUCGGCAAGCUUCUCGGCGCGCUCAUCGGUGCAGUCAAGUCACCCCGCGACCAGAUCAAGCUCUUCGAGCAGCUCCUCGAACCCAUCAACCCCUUCGACAACAUCCGCGUCCUGGCCCUCUCGCUCCUCCGCGACGCACUCUCCAACCCGGCCCUCCUCAUCCCAUUCCUAACGGAAACCCUUACGCCGAUUCUGUACCGCCUCCCCACCGUCGACAGUCCUCUGGACUUAACACUGCCUAAACUCCUCGAGAGUUUCUGGCCUGUAUGGCUAACGGAGAGCGCUAACUUUGUGUGGUUCCUCCUCGGGCGCGACAGUGAGAAUCUGAGCGGGUUCGCGGACCAAUCCCGCCUGACGAGUCUGCGCAACCUGUGGCUCGCGCCCGUGGCGGCAAAGGCCAAGGUGUGGACGGAAGAGGGCAGGGGUGGGGAGGGAGCGAUGAUCCUAGACGGUCUGGUGGAUGCGUGUGUGCGCGCGUCGGCGGGAAUCGACGCGAAGAGGGCAUAG